AUUGGGUGGAUGCAGCAGCAGUAGAGGCGCCAGCGUCCAAACCGAGGUCUACAGCGAGACAAUGGCUGUGAACGUCUACUCUACUUCGGUAACUAGUGAAAACCUCAGUCGCCAUGAUCUGCUAACCUGGAUCAACAGCUCGCUGCACAUGAAUCAUGCAAAGAUUGAACAGCUGUGUACAGGUGCUGCUUACUGUCAGUUUAUGGAUAUGUUAUUCCCAGCAAGUGUGCCAUUAAAGAAAGUCAAAUUCCAGGCCAAGCUAGAGCACGAGUAUAUCCACAAUUUCAAAAUUCUUCAAGGCAGCUUCAAGAAGCUUGGUGUUAACAAAAUCAUCCCUGUGGACAAACUUGUAAAAGGGAAAUUCCAGGAUAACUUUGAGUUUGUGCAGUGGUUCAAGAAGUUCUUUGAUGCUAACUAUGACGGGAAAGAUUAUGAUCCAGAAGCGGCUCGGCAAGGGCAGGAGGCUGCUGCUAUACCGUGUGCGGUUUCAGCUGUGGUUAAUAAACCUCGUAAAGGCAGCACAGAGUUGCGUGUGACGCCGGUGAAGCCCACAGCUCCCGUUGCCCCACAGAGGUUAACCACAGCUGCUAAUAAGGCUGCCGCACCUGCAAUGCUGAGAACAGAGUCAGGAUCUAGGGGUGAAAAUACUGAAGAGCUUGCUCAAAUGGUCAGUGACCUGAAAUGCACUGUCACAGAUCUGGAGAAGGAGAGGGACUUUUAUUUCAGCAAGUUAAGGAACAUUGAGCUCAUUUGCCAGGAAAAAGAGGGGGAGACUGACCCUACACUCCAAAAGAUUCUUAAUGUUCUCUAUGCCACAGAUGAAGGAUUUGAGAUUCCAGAGGAUGGUGCAGGUGAACAGGAUGAGUUUUGAUCAACCCAAAGUGAUUGUUUAAUCUGUAUAAUCUCAAGCUUUUGGGCAAGUGUGCAUGCUGUAAAUAAACAUACAUACUGCCAAUUUGCUUUUUCUUGUUGGGUGUCUUUGGGCCAUUGCGGUUGCACAUUGACGCUUUGAAUGUUUUAUAUUUAAUAAAAGUUCUAUUUAUGUGC